GUGCUACAGCAUCACCUCCUUCGCUCAGUGGGGACAGAGGGAGCCACUGCAGAGGCUCUGUGUGAUUAAUUUGUGCUCUCGCAUCGAUGCCUUUCGUGUGCGGAGGAGAAUGGGUUGUUCACAGAUGAGUAAACAUCUCCUUGGGUUUCGUAGCUGUGGGGUGGUUUCAUUUAUUGUGUUUUGGGUAAUAACACAAGCUGCCAGUGUUCCCGAAGCUAAACUGCCUCUUUACAGAGAGAAUGAUUUACAGAAAUAGGGCACAUCAGUCAUGCGGGUGCAGGGCUGACUCUUCUGAGCCUCCUUCCCCCAGAGGAGUCCUCCCCCAGGCGGCACCCAGGGUGCUGCAGAGGAGUUUUUGUCAGGAGAGAAAAACAAAAAUCCUCCAACUGUGUGCUCUAGUAAUCACUACAAGCUAAUUGCAGCAAAUUAAUUACAGCACAAGCACAAUUUCUUUCCCCAGGCAGGUGUGGAGACAGCUCUGCAGUGAGCUGGGUCAGACCUGCCCUCUGCUCCCAGCCUGUGCAAGGCUGGCUGUCCUCCUGCCCUGGCUCUGGGACCUGGCCCGGAGCUGGUGGCUUGCUUGGUCUAAGAGGAUGAGUAAAGGCAGAGGUCCUGUCUCUAAUUUAGGAAGAUCCAGACUUUCUGCCCCUCCAGCACCUCUCGGGUGGGUGGUUUGUCCUGUGGCCCUUCAGAGCAGGAGCAUCAGCGCUGCCAGUGGGAUUCCCACGUCCCACAUCCCACCUCCCACACGGCCCAGGUGAGUGAGGAGCAGGUGAGUGAGGGUGAGCUGCCCCAUCACAUCCCCCCAGCUCUCCUGGGGUGACAGAGCAGUGCAACAUUUGGGUUUGUUGCAAAUAUUCUCCUGGUCCAGUCAAUCAGGCUUUGGCUCCUAAAUCCUUCUAAUCUCUUGCUUUUCCUAAGUUCAUUAGGCCUUCAAAGCAAGACAUAAAAAGACAAAUCUCCUCGUGGUAAGUCAGUGAUCCCUGCAGAAAUGCUGCCAGAUCUCUGAUGUCGAGCCUGGUCCAACCACCCCAGGCUGAAACACUGUGAGUGGAUGUAUCAGAGAACUUUGAAAAUGGUUCAGUGCAACCAUUGUGUCCCCCAGGGUUACUUUAAACUGAAGGGUGAAAACACUUGCAUGUAUUUUCUUAAUUAAAAAGAAACCAAACACGCACUCUGCAUUUUUCAUGCAUUCCAUCUAUCUAUACAUUACAGAAUUUAGUUUUGUUCUGGCCAAAUGUUUUCCCAGCUUAAAAUUCUGUGCAAGAUGUUCUGUAAAGGAAGUAAAUCUCAAUAACUUGUCAUCAGUCUGGCUGGGUGUCACCCCACACAAACUUUGCAGAGCAGUGCUAACUGGAAUAGUGCUGUCACUGGGAGACAGCUGGAAAUGUGGUUGUUAACACUGGAACUGUAAUCUUUUGGAUGUGUUUUAUUAGAGUUUGUUGCCUGUAAUAACGCAGCUCUCUAGGCUCUGGUGCAGAUGUGCCACGUUAUGUUUUGGGGGCAAGACACUGUGGUGUUUUAUGCUCAGACACAGCACAACACAAGUGUGUGGUUUUAUCUGGCUCCGUGUGGAGGCAACAGAGCUCUAUGGCAACGGGGUGUAACGUGAGGCUGCCCCAGACAGCCUCACACAGAGAUUAAUCACAGGGGGAGAAUGCUCCUGGUACCUAAGUGCUGCUUCCUUUGUUAAGUUCCUAUUGCAUCAACUUAAUUAGCAAGUCCUGACCUUUAAAACCACCUUCCAUAAUCUCCAAAUUAAGUAUGGGGAAGUCUGAUUCCUGCUCGGGGCUGUGCUGGCAGCUCCCUGGUCCUGUCUGAGGCUGCUGACCCGACCAGCUGCCAGCCCUGUCCCACCAGGAGGGGCCGUGCAGAACCCCCAGGGCUGGGGCACCUCUGGAGACAGGUGGGACCCAGUUUGGGGGUUGAACUUUUGGGAUCUCAGGAGAGAGAGCAGGUGUCCAUCAGCACUGCAAUGUGUUCCCAAUGAAGUUACUGCACUGGGCUCAAGUGUUGGACUUUAUGAUGGAUUUUGUAGAGGGCCACUGCUCCCUAAUCGAGCCCUGUCUCCUGCUCAUGGGUCUCUGACAAAAGCCUUUGUCUAACAUGGUUUUAAUCAGUGUGUGCAUUUCAAUUUGCAUAUUAAUAGCAAGGAACUCUUAUUACAGCUGCUGUUGAUGAGAUGGUGUCAAGCCCAUCUUCCCAUCUGAGGAAAGAAAGAAACUGCAUCUAUUGUAUGAAGAAUGACAUUGGCAGAAAACAUGUCCAUUCUUUGCCUCUAUCUUCCUUUAUGUCUGCCUUUAUUUUGCUCUUGAUGGCUCAUAUGGAUGCAUUCAUUAGUCUUUUCCCCUUAUAACAAGGAUCAUUUACCAGGAGACUAAGACAGGAUUUCACGCCUGUUGUGGCAGCUCCAGGCUAAAUACCACAGUUCUGUUCAGCGUUUUUAACUUGGAAAAUGGCAAAAGGUGGCCCCGGGCUGGGAGCUGUUUAUUGUAGCAACCCAGAACAGUUAACAUGCCAUCAUGAACCGUGGCACUGCCUGCUCCCCAGGGUCCAGCCUUUCCCUGCUCCAGAGGCGUUGGCGUUGCCGUCCAUCCCGGUGCCGGUGGAGCCGCUUCCCGUGGUCCAAGUGGCAGCAGGGGCAGCUGGAACGUGGCUGCUGUGGCACGUUCAGGAGGAGCGGGGUGAGAGAGGGCUCGUGGAGCGGCUCGGAGCGAGCCCUGAGCGAAGGGAAGCUUACUCAGUAGAAAUGGGAAGUGCAGAGGAAAAUUCCGCGGAAAAACCAGCCCGUGGAAGGAGCUGGAGGAAGAGUGAGCCCUGCAGUGAGGGGGGUGCUGCUCAUGCACAUUUAAUGAGACCAGUGCUGGUCUUAGCAGACAAACGACCUCAAUUCACCCACUGCUCAGUGCUAUCGAUUCAAUGGCUUCUCCUAAUGAGGAAAUUAUUAUCUGCGUUAGGGAAUGUGGAACCCAGCAGGUGCACAGCAUUAAGGAAUUAAAAAACCAGCUUUGCCGGUGCCAGAAACACGAUGGUGCAGUGCCAGGGACGAGUGGGGCCCUCGGGUGGAUGCUGUGAAGAGGCUGCCUCUGUGUUCAGCCCUGCAGAGGUUUGUGCCACUGGGCGUUUUGGUUGGGGCUGCCAGGAGCAGGGCUCUGGCUCUGCCGGGCACCACUGUGGGUUCUUUGCUCAGCCUGCCCUGGCAUCAGGCCCUGGCUGCUCAGGGGAUGCCUUUGGCUGUUCCCCCUGUUCGAACAGGGGGGUCUGGCCCGAGUCCAGCUCAGGUCGUGCAUCUCUAGGCCACCAGGGUGCUGUGUCCAUGGCUCCCACCAUGACUCGCUUUCUAAUGCAGAUUUUUAGUUCGUUAGUGCAGUGGUGCAUUAAAAUGGAUCUCGGUAAAAAGGCUAAGCUAAUGUAAAAAAUGCCAAAUGAUUCCUCCCCGCCCUCCCCCCCAAAUUCUCUGAUUCAUUUUUGCCUUGACUUGGGCAGAGGGAAGGGCCAAUGUUCUGCAGAAUUCAGUCUGCUGGCUGGGGAGUCCUGGGCACUGAGGCCCUGAGGACCGUGUGUGUCAGACCUGCAAGACUUCAGGAUCCAUCCCUGGAACAGACCGAGAGGUGACUGAGAGACUGUCGUGUUUUGCUUCAUUCCCGAUGGAAUUGGACGGGGAUUUGUGGUCACCAGGGUGCUGCUGUCUCCUCCUUGCUGAGCGAUGAACCUUGAGGGUGGUGCUGGUCCCCAGGGAGAGUCCCUCCCCUUUGCUGCUGAGAAGGACCCAAGACUUAUUAAGUCAUUUGGCCUCCUGGGAAGAGUUGUUCCUGUGACAGAGUGGAGAUGACACUGCUGAGCCUCACAGUAUCAUCCCUGUCAGAAGCCAGCCUGGAAAGCCUGGAUCUCCUCCCCUCAAAUUUUACCUCAUUUUUCUGGGCCAGGAAGAAGAGGGAUUACCUCAUUUCCACCUCCUCUGAAAUAAAUCCUCAUUAUGGAUUUGCACCUGGGGAGGAAGAAGCUGAUUUCCACUCCCAGCCGGUUCUGAGCAGAUAUUUGAAGAGGUCCAGAAAUGGAAAACCAGUCGAAAAGCACUGCAGCUGUGUCCCAGAGCCUGUACCACGGUGAUGGCACUGGGGAUGUGGCCUCGGGCUCUUCAAAGCCUCUGCAGCUGCCUCUGGACCUGAACUGUUGUGACUUCAUGUUGUCCAAGUAAUUACAUACAAGACCAUGGAGAGAGAUCAAAUCCUGCCAUCUCCCUUGGAUCCUGGGAAUGGCCUCUUAAGGCACCCUCGAGCCUCGUUAAAGGAAACAAAUCAAAGUGCUGCACCAGAGGAUUGCAGCUCCACCAACAAUCCAUCACCACUCGCUCAGGGAGGAGCGAUAAAUCCAUCAUCAUCUUCUUCUGGAGCAGCUGUGGGGAUGGCAGGAGGAGCAGCAGUGCAGACUGCCUUCCCUGCACGUGGAGAAGAGCCAAAAUCGGGCCAAGGGAGCAGCUUUCAGCCUCUCCUUCCCCUCCUGCCGUGCUGCUCCCCCAGCAGCUCUGCUCCCUGUGCCUGUGCAGCUGUGCUGGCUGGCAGCAAUUACUGCUGGUUUCUUCACAGCCUUUGCUUUGGACUCAUCAUGAUGGUGGCUGUUACACCCCUAGGGCAGCAGUGGGUGCCCACUCAGGUGCUGUUGGUAUGUCCAUGCUGUUGGCUGUCCAUGCAGCCUGGCUCAGGGAAUGUCACUGUUCUCAAAAACAAAAUGCCUUCAGGGGCUUGUGCUCUCUCCCAGGGUGAUGCUGCCCAGAGAGACAACCUCCUCCUUCCUCCUCCUGCUCCUCCUCCUCCUCUCUGCAGGGCUGACUCCUGGGAUCACUCACACCCAGGAGGGACUGGAUCUCUGCAAAGUGCCAGGUGGCAUCCACGGGGAAGAGACAGAUGUUGCUGGAUGACAGGAUGGAGAUCCAGCCUCUGGACUUGGUUCCUUGCCUCGCUGCCUGCAGAGGUCAGCAGUGCUGGAGUCCCUGAGGGAUGUGGACAGCCCUGCUCCUUCCCAGGCCAGGAAAAGAAGAGAAACACUUCACGAUCCUUAAACUUGUUAAAUUUAAAACUUGAAAAGGCACCUUCAUGCUUUCAAUCAUUUUUACUGCUUCUAAUGCAACUGGUCUAAGCUUUCCUAGAAGACCCAGAGGGAAACCAGGGAAGAUCAGAUGUGACAUUCUGGACUUGGCGUGUGAAAAGCAACUGGGGAAAAAGUAGAAUAAAGUGAAGUACAGAGAGA